AAGGAGCUCUCCUCGCCCAGGACUUAGAGCAGCGCCUUGGAGGUCCCGUGGAUCUGUGUCUUGCUUCAACAGUGUUUGAACGGAACAGACCCGGGGAUUCCCACUGAACUCGCUUCCAGCCGCCUUACAAGUCUCUCCAGUCGCAGCCUCCGGGACCAUCUCCUUGCUGCCUUCGGCUCCUAGGACCAGUCUGCACCGUCUCUUCGCGGUUAGCUCCUACUCCGGAUCAGCCAUGACCUCUCAGAUUCGUCAGAAUUAUUCCACCGAGGUGGAAGCUGCCGUGAACCGCCUGGUCAACUUGCACCUGCGGGCCUCCUACACCUACCUCUCUCUGGGCUUCUUUUUUGAUCGGGAUGACGUGGCUCUGGAGGGCGUAGGCCACUUCUUCCGCGAAUUGGCCGAGGAGAAGCGCGAGGGAGCCGAGCGUCUCCUCGAGUUGCAGAACGAUCGCGGGGGCCGUGCACUCUUCCAGGAUGUGCAGAAACCAUCUCAAGAUGAAUGGGGUAAAACCCAGGAGGCCAUGGAAGCUGCCUUGGCCCUGGAGAAGAACCUGAACCAGGCCCUCUUGGAUCUGCAUGCCCUGGGUUCUGCCCGCGCAGACCCUCAUCUCUGUGACUUCUUGGAAAGCCACUUCCUGGAUAAGGAGGUGAAACUCAUCAAGAAGAUGGGCAACCACCUGACCAACCUCCGUAGGGUGGCAGGGCCGUGGACGUUGUACAUCGUGCCCGCCCUGGGACCUCCACCUGAAUAA